GCUCAAGCAGGUGUUGUUAGCCACGGCGUGAUAACCGGUCACCUGGAAACCAACCGCAUUUUGGCCACCACCUCUUCGGACGAUCAGGUAACGAGAUUCUCUAGUGGCUACCGGACCAACGGCAGCAAAGAACCUGGCAUCGCUAGCGAAUCCGUCGUCCUGUCCCUUACGAAUGCCAACUUUUCGCCCGAGGCCGGCCUGCCCGCUUCCGGCAUGGCAGGUUCGGGUCUUCAUUGCAGUCCCGCCCUUCCCAACGAGUCCAUUUACGAGGGUCCAGGAGAGAACGACGAAGAUGAGCGAUUCGGACCACUCAGCAGCAACGGCGCCGCAAUUGACAACAGCGACUGUCUUCUCGCAAUCCAGGCCAGGUCGUCUGACCAACGUUCGGUGGCCUCGAACACCGCCCGACCGUCGGUAGAACGCAGACUUCGUGCAGUCAAGGCCGACGCCGGUGCCUCGGGCGUCCGUGACUUACGUGGUCUGUCCGAGGUCGACUUGGCCGGUCGGGGCCGAUCUCGAGACCGGCUGGUUCGAGCCGCGACCGGUGCGCCCGGCCUUGGCCCGGUGACUGGCGGUGGCACCCUGCAACGGGGCCACAGAAACCAGCAGUUUGACGACGAAGCAGGCAGUGGGGCGGACAGCGAGAUUGACUGCCACGUCUACGCUCAUGUCUACCGGCCGGAGCAGAUACGUCAGUUGGCCGUAGGACCGACGGCGUCAACGUCGUCAAUGGCAACUCAACAGAUGCCGGGAGGAACGACGGCGGUGUCAACCAAUCGGGAGGAAGCUGGAGCAAAAGGCGACGGCGACGGCGACGGCGAAGAGGGCCGAGGCGACGCGCAGCCACAAAACGGACAGCACCACCAGUCGCAAGUGGGUUGGCAACCGGUGCCGGCGGGGAAAAGCAGUUCGCAAUGUGAAACCGGCAGUAACGGUGAGAAUUGUACCCCUUGCCUCUGA